UCAAGUGUCAAUGUGAAUAUAACCUAGUUUUUAUUAUUUUUCAGUUAUUUACGUAUUAAUGAAAUAGUGUAUGGCUAUUUAGUUUAAACACCAAUUAUGUUUUCUCAAAAUCAGUCAGAAGUAAAAUUAGAAUGGAUGUACAAGGGCCCCCAUUCAAAUGUUGAGCGUGAGGACUACCUCUUGGGUAAAUCAGUUGAUAAAAGUUUAGAGCAAUUAAAUGCUCAAGAAAAACAGCAGCAGUUAGGAGUACAGCUACCUAAGAAUCAUGUUGAACAUGAAUGCAUACCUCCAUCCAUACGAGACUACAAAGAACAGCUCGGCGAACAGGUGGAUAUUAAUGCGAAGCUGCAAGAAGAUCCCUUGAUAGCGAUUAAAAAACGUGAAGAAGAAAAUAGGCGGCAGUUUUUAAACAAUCCUAUUCAAAUCAAGAAACUGCAGGAAGCCCUUCAGUUUCAAAAAAGUAAAAAAAAGAAAAAGCAUAAACAUUCCGAUAGCAAUUCUGAAGAUGAAUUAGAUAGAAAGUUAGCAAAGAAAUUGAAGUCGCUAGGAAGCACCAAUCCGAUUAAAGACAAAAUAGAGAAAAACGCAAAGAAAGAUAUGUUAGAUACGAUUUUAAUGCAUAAGUACAACCAGUUGAAAAAUCAACUGUCGAAUACCGAUAUAAGAGAUAUACUGGAGGGCAAGAAAAGUGAAAGCAGCUCCAGCAGUGACGCCGAAUCAGAAGAGGAAAAUCCAAUGCGAAAAAGUGGUAAGCGUGCACCAUAUACCAAAAGGAUGCCCGGGAGAAGUUCUAGUACCGAAGAUGGUAGUCAAAAACAUAAAAUGAAACAUAGCUACAGGUCAAAACGAAGCAAGAGCAGUGACAGCGAUAACAAUUAUAAAAAGAAGUACAAUCAGAAAAACACCUAUACGUCGGACAAAGCAAAAUCAGGUGAUGGUCAAGGAAAGUACCGUCGAUCUCAACGCACCAGUUCUGAUUCGCAAAGUGAUUCAGAUACACAUUCAAAGCCCAAAAAGAAUUGGGGUUUAGUUAGAGCAGACGGUACAAAAAUACCGCUUUCCAAAAGUAAAAACCCUCAACAAUCUUCCAAAGAAGAUAAACCACAGCAAGUCAGUAAGGAUGCCAAUGUCAACAGACGUCGCGCACUGACUGAAGAAGAGAAAGAGAAGAAACGAAGGGAGAUGAUGGUCAACGCAUCUUGGAGAGACAAGGAGAGAGCUAACAAUAUGAGGUUACACAGAGAGAGAAAUUCUAAGGAAGAUUUAGAUCGGAAGGAGUAUAAACCUGAAUUUCUAAAAAAGGAGUUAUUGAAGUCGGCAAACAGUAGCAGUGUCGAGAGUAGAAUCAAGGCUAAUAUUAAUAAUAUUCAACGAUCGGGUAGCGAUAUGAGUAAGCACUUUUCGAAAAGGUACUAAGUUUGUAAAUAGGAAAAUGUUUUUGUUCGUGAUUUAAAAUGUAAUAAUGAAAUAUUGAAUACAUCCACAUACCUAGUUGA